ACAGGAUCACACAUCCUGGGGUCCUACACUGAAACUCCAUGACAGGCAGAUGUGGGUGGAGCUUUCAAUGUGUCAUCAAAUGAGAGGGGCGAGGAGAUGUAUAAAAAGAGUGGCACAGUUCAGACAGCUUCAGACCAGACACUGGCAGCACAUGAAGAACACAGUUGCAACUGUAUGGAUAACAGUCUCUGCAGAGCUCCAUCCAUCCACUAUGUCUGCUCAGAGCAGCAUUCUGCUUCUCAUCACUCUUUGGGCUUCAGUGCAAGAUGGUUUAGGUCUUCCAGUGAUGAACCAGAUGGAGGUGGAGGUUCAAGAAAGAGUCCCAACACAUCGCUUGAGGACCAAACGCUGUGCCUGCUCUAACCCGCUGGACUCAGAGUGUCACUAUUUCUGCCACCUGGACAUCAUAUGGAUCAACACACCCAGCAAGACGACAGUUUAUGGUCUAGGUGGUGCUUUCUCUCGACGCAGACGAUCCACUGGCCGCUGCACAUGUGCCAACCGCAAUGACCAGCCCUGCACCAAAUUCUGCUAUCUCAGCCCUGAAAUCACAUCUCUACAAAGACAAAAACGCCACUCACUCAGCAUUCUCAGGAGAGCGAAGAGAGCACAGGGUGCACAUGAUUCAGACAGAGGCAAGUCUCCGUGGGCUCAGAUGAAGAGCGCUGGCUAAACAGUGGAGCUGUUGGAGCAGGGUGAAAAUGAGAGAGAGAGAGAGAGCAGUGAGCACCUGAACAAAUUACUCUCCUUUGAUACAGAGGAGGGCAAACAAAGGGCUGAGAGAUGAGUCCCACACAGGAAGGCCAUGGAGAAAAGCCAAAGCGCCACAAAGAUCGUCUGUUCAUACCUGCAAUUAGGGGGCGGAAAAUGUGACGCCAGUUCUGCAGGCAUAAUGGAAGCAGAAGAAGAAGAUCACAGCUGAUAUGAGUUAUCAGGUCAUGUGUGACUUUUGCCUUUUGGUCUGUCAGAGCUGUGUGACUGUGCAGACAGGCCAGGCCAGCACCGGCUAAGAAGACAGAAAGAGGAAGAAGAGACUUGUAUUUGUAUGUACAAGUCAUAUUUUUGCUAUUGCAUAAGACUCUAUUUCAUAUAUUUUAGAGCUCUAAUAUUACAGCUUAUAAAAUUUUCACUAUCAUUGGGGGUUUUUGACUUUGCUAAAUGAAGUUUUUUUUCAAGGAUAUUACAAGAUUUUUGUACAAAAGCAUAUUGUGUGUAAAAGUAAAUACAUUUAUGAAGCUGUCGGUUCUUUUAAUCAAACAAUAAAGAAAAUGCACAAGA